AAGAGGGUAGUUCUUAGGACUGUUAGGAAGAGAAAGGCAAGGCCUUGUCUUACCCUGGACUUUCACAGGGUAAAUUAAUUCUGAUUACCCAGGGUAAUUGCUGAUUACCCAGCAAUCAGAGAUUUAAUCUAAAAGAGUAAGAUGCACACAUCCACCUGUGUGUUUGUGUACCUACACACACACACUCUUUGGAGAGAAGAUACUUGAGUCUUGGCAGGUUAUAAGCAAGGCUGAAACCACAGGCUGUCUAAUUCUGCAGGAAAAGGAAACAAUGCAUCCACCUCUCCUUGCAACUUUUGGUAUUAAGUGCUGAUCUUUCUUCCAGCAUGUUAAAGGAUUCCAUGUAAACAUGAAACUCCAGAGCUGGGCUCGUUGCUCCCCAUAACUACAACCCCUCGAAAUACAACACUAACUGCCUUUGAAACAUUAGUGGGUUUGUGCCUAAGUCUUAUGUGAAGACACAGUCCAGCAAGCUGGUAAGGCCAGUUUGGGCAAACAAGGAAGGAACAAAGUAUCUUUGGAUUCAAAGCAUGCAGGUAUUGCCCAACCACUACCCAGGGCUACCAGAGAAACACCAGCCAGCAGCCCCCUCCAGCAGGCAGCACACCCACCCAGCAGCACCUUCCCUUCCUCAGAAGCCCUCAGUAAGGAAAGAGAAGGAAGUGCACAGACAAACCUGGCCCCCCUGAGCACUUGCCUGCCUGGUUGCACCACACAUUUGAGCACUGAGAGAACCUUCCAAACCUGCAGAACCGGACCAGGCCCUGCCGAGCUCACAAAGGGGCCCCUCCUGUGCCAGGGCCACAGCACCCACUGCCAGUGCCAACACACAUCCUACCACUGGCCUCAGGGUUCACUCCAUCCUCUAGUGAACCUCGGAAGACAGAUGGAGUCCAGUCUGAAAAAAUAGCUUUAUCAUAAAAAUACAAGUCAGUUUGCUAAUAAAACCUGUAAAGGAGAAUGCUUCCCCUACAAUCUUCGUGGACAAGUUCUGCAAGCAAGAAGAGCUGCGAUGAGUUAGUAUUAUUAUUAUUAUUUAAAUUCUGGUAACAUUUUAUCAAGUUUAGAAAGAACAUUUCAGAAAAAAAAGACACAGAAAUUUCUUACUACCUCCAACCCUAAAGGGUGGUUUCUGACUUCUCCUCUGCAAGACAAAGUCAUCCUAGGAGGAACUGCACAUGAAUCCACGAGAAAUGCACCACAGCCACAGGUCUGACAGGAUCAGUGAAAUUGACUUUUUAAUGCAAAACAAGUAAUAUAAGCUUAAAAAACCAAAUCUCUUUAGACUUUUUUUGCUGCUGACUACGGUGAAGAAAGAAGUCGCCUUCUUUUCCUUUUGAUCAUCAUUUCUAAAAGUGAAGUUUUCUCUUUUCAAAGUCUGAGCAGGUACCAUGAGCAGAUGGUUUCUGCGUCUUUCUCUACCCUCCCAAAUGACUGGAGUGCAAGAAAUAUGAUGAGUGUUAAAGCACUCUGAAGAAACUGAGCUCGAAAUGGGCUGAGCUAGCUGGUGGCUUCUUUUGUCUGCGAGAACGCUGGAACUGUCAUUGUGUGCUUGGCACUCAGGCUGCAUAUCAACAGCACCCUGAGAAUGAACUUUAAUCUCACAGUCUGCCCACUCAUUUAUUUGGAAAUGAGACUGUAAUGGAACUUCAUUCUUCCCCUGCAGCACGUGCACCCAGCCCUAAGUACCUCACCGAGAACAACCUUUGACAGACAAUAACAAAGACCGGAGUUUACCACGGCCAACGCACCUUGAUCUGAGUAAUUCAUUUACAGGCUGCAUCUGUGAUCACAGGCAGGGUCAGCGACAGAAACAUUGGCUCAGGCUGUGUCACAGCUGGAGUCACUCCACUUCUGAGACAGACACAACAAUAUCCUCUAUUGAUCUAUCAAAGUUCAACGGUAGGCUAUGGAUUCCUGGAAGGAAGCCAUAAGCCACAGCUGGAUUUAUCCCACAGUGAUCAUCUGUGCAAAUGGAUUUUUCGCCACAAUGAGGCCAUCAGAGUCUUUUCUCACCCCUUAUCUAACGGGGCCAGACAAAAACCUAACGAUUGAAGAGGUUACCAACCAGAUUUUGCCUGUUUGGACAUACUCCUACCUCGCUCUCCUGUUCCCAGUCUUCCUGCUCACAGAUUACCUGCGCUACAAGCCCGUCCUCCUCCUCCAGGGCAUCAGCCUCAUCGUCACCUGGCUCCUGCUCCUCUUUGCACACGGAGUGCUGGCCAUGCAGGUGGUGGAAUUCUUCUACGGCAUGGUGACGGCCACUGAGGUGGCCUAUUACGCCUACAUCUACAGCGUGGUCAGCACCGACCGCUACCAGAGGGUGACGAGCUACUGCAGGAGCAGCACUCUGGUGGCAGCCACUGUUGCUGCCGUGCUGGGACAGCUGCUGGUGUCCUUGGCAGAUGUGUCCUACUUCUACCUCAACGCCAUUUCUCUGGCUUCCGUGGCGCUGGCGUUCCUGUGUGCCUUUUUCCUCCCCAUGCCCCAGAAGAGCAUGUUCUUCCACAGGAAAGACGCCUCCCAGUCUCUCCCAGGGCCUGACAAAGUUGUGGCUCCGGCCGGUUCUGACCGUCCCUCGAGCUGCCAAGAGGACACGAGCUCCGACUCCGCUGGCAGGGGCCCAACACCCCAACAGCAGGCUGGGAAUGCCAAGCCCCGGAAUCACAUGCUCAGAGUGCUGGUGCAGCUGAGCAAGGACCUGAGGGAUUGCUACAGCUCCAGGAAACUUCUCUACUGGUCCCUGUGGUGGGCUCUGGCUACGGCCGGC